AGCUUCCAAGAUUAGCUAUGCGAAUGGUGACCAAAAAGGGAUUUUGUCCCUUUUGCUCUGGAAUUCAAUUGAACGGUCAUUUUGCCCUCAUCUUCGAAUAUUCUUGCGACCGAUAGUUAUUAGAAAAAAUGGCUUCAAAGGGCGGAAAGUUCGUUUCCCAGGCUCAACAUCAUCGAGGAUACGAAUUCGGGGGGCCAAUCGGAUCAUUUGUUUUGACAUUCGGCUUGCCGGUGCUGGUUUACAGUUUUGCGUUCUUUUGCAAUGAUAUCUCGGGAUGUCCUGCACCGUCACUCCUCCAUCCCUCCACCUUGUCCCUUGACAAGUUGAAGACGGAAAUUGGUUGGCCGGAGAGUGGAAUCAAGGGCUUAUACGAUGGCCAUGUCACCCUUUAUGUGCUGGGUUAUUAUCUUCUCAGUCUUUUCUUGCAGAUAUUUCUUCCCGGCACUGAGACCCAGGGAGAAGUUUUGGCCUGUGGAGGUCGACUGAAAUAUAAAUUCAAUGCAUUUAACUCCGCUGUUUUGAUCCUUCUUGGGUGCGGUGCCGGGACGUAUAUUUAUGGGGUCGACUUCCCCUUAUGGACAUUUCUCUGGGAGAACUAUAUCCAGGUUCUGACUGCAAGCCUCUUGAUCUCUUCUAUCCUUGCUAUUUUUGUUUACCUCUAUAGUUUCACUGUCCCAGCACCAGGUACACCAAAUCCUAUGCUUCGAGAGUUAGCUCCUGGCGGGCAAACGCGCAGUGCCUUGUAUAACUUCUUCAUUGGACGCGAACUGAACCCCAGAGUCAAACUCCCUAUUCCCUUCGUGAAGGACACCUCUAGAACAAUCGAUAUCAAGGUUUUUUGCGAAUUGCGACCGGGAUUGUUGGGCUGGGGGCUUCUGAACCUGUCGAAUGUGGCACACCAGUAUAAAGUUAACGGAAGCCUCACGUCAUCAAUCCUCUUGGUGACCGCGUUUCAGGGCUUCUACGUCCUCGAUGGCCUAUACAUGGAACCGGCGAUCUGCACCACUAUGGACAUUAUCAUGGACGGAUUUGGUUUUAUGCUGUCUUUCGGUGACCUUGUGUGGGUCCCGUUCACAUACUCAAUUCACACCAGAUACCUGGCCAUAUACCCCUUCGAGCUGGGUAUCUAUGGGGCUGCUCUUGUGAUUGGGGUUCAGUCUCUUGGGUACUAUAUCUUCCGUAGCACCAAUAACCAAAAGGACCGUUUCCGCAAGAAUCCAAACGACCCGAGAGUGAAGCAUCUUCAAUAUAUCCAGACUUCUCGGGGCUCGAAGCUGAUUACGUCCGGAUGGUGGGGUGCCGCUCGUCACAUAAACUAUUUGGGCGACUGGAUCAUGUCAUGGACAACGUGCCUACCGACUGGUAUCGCAGGUUACGCCAUGGUUGAGAGACUCAAUCCUCUGACGGGAACCAGUGAGGUACGUGCGGUGCAAACAGAAGAGUCUCGCGGUUGGGGGAUGGUGUUUACUUAUUUCUACAUUGUGUACUUUGGAAUCCUGCUUGUCCAUCGCGAAAGACGAGACGAGGAGAAGUGCAGAAACAAAUAUGGUGCAGACUGGGCGAAGUAUACCUUGAAAGUGAAGAGCAGGAUCAUUCCAGGUAUCUAUUAGGGUUGUUUGGAGCUCUUACAUGUUUAAAAAGGCUGUGUGGUGACCAGGGGCGCAUGUUACUCUGUUAGCAGGGUGAAUUUAUAGUGGAUGGAUCAAAGCGACCCUUGAUAUCGCUUUCUAACUUCAUAAAUGUAUUAAUGCUUCAAAUUAUAUACUUAUAAUGCUUUUAGAUAAUAAUAAUAAUCUAUGACAAUUAACACUAGAGUUGAAAACUGAUCUAGUGGUUACUUUGGCCGUUUUUCAGUUGCUCACACAUUUUUAUCUUUGGCUGGCCCCAAUGUCCACUGUUCAUCACCUCUAUUUUCAAUCCAAUUGCCUAGGGUUUGUCGGACAUCUUCCAGAGCUUGCUUUCGCAAAUGCAAUAGCCUUGCUCCUUCGGCAUUGCGCUUCAUUAAGAAGUACGUGGGUGACGAGACGACGCAUUCUUUCAGGUGUGCAAACCGCUCCCCCAUCUCAGACCUAUCAUCCAACCUUUUACGGCUGGCUUCAUUCUCGUUAACGGGACAUCCGUCCUUACUUUGGUAAUAGCCGACGCUCACUUCUGGCAGAAGUUUAACAAUAUCACAAAGCAAUUCACACAUCUUAGCUCGUGAUAAAGCACUGGCCUUGCGCGCAUCUGGAGAGGUGAUCCGAUAUCCUUGCUUUACACCAUUUAAAAUGGUCUCAAUAAUAUUGGUAGGAAACGUUUUCGGAAUCGACUUGGAAGCCCGACCUGUCGACUGCCUCUGGCGAAACGAGGUAUAAGCCGGCUUGGCGCCAAAAGACGAAGCUGCUGUCCAGACUGCAGACUUGUUGGAUGAUUUACUAGCUGGCAAACCGGCGUCUUUUGAUUUUGAAAAAUGCCAGAGGGCACUCAGCUGUUCCAUUGGUAAUGACCGAACAGUGAACGGAAAGAAGGCAUAAUAACUGUCCAAACGAGCAGACGCUCCAAAAUCCUGCCAUUUUCGGCCAUUAAGCUCUCGAAGACGGCCGGUUUGCCCAUUCCCGAAUGAUCGCUCACAGGCAAUCUGGCUGAUUUCAUCCUCCGGAAGAAUGAGGUUGGCCAGAUAUGCAUUAGGAGAUGGUGCGAUAAGUAGACUCGCUGGAAAAGAGAGCAAUGAUGUGAUUUGCUUCGCGGCAAGUUUGUCUGAACAAGAUUUGCUUAGCGUCGGCUCUGCAUCAGCACGAGAUGGUUUACGGCGAACGGCGCCUAGCACCGAGAAGUGCGCACGGCCGUCUAGGAGCCCUUUCGUAAGGUCGGAUUCAAUUUCAGUGGCUGCGUCGUCAAGGGCGGGAACGUCCCACGGAGUGGGAUCAUCUUGGGCUGCCAUGCAUAAUUCCAUACUGGCAUCUCCGCAAGGGGCGCAAGUACAAUACAUCCAUAUUCUGACAUUUUCUUUCAAUUUGAAAGGCGGCCAUAGAAGUUCC